UUAUCACUAUGCCACCAACAACACACAAGUCAUUAGAACCUAGCAAUGAAAAACUUAUCUAAUGGCUGUUGUACUUUGCAGAUAAGUAUUAAAUAGGACUGCAAGUUCAAUACACGUCUUUAUAGUCAGAGUUAAGGAUUUACUAAACAAAAAAAUUACAGUAGUGUCCUCAAUCCAAGGCUUCAUUCAUCGAAAAUAAAAUUAAUAAUUGUGGCCACUUAAUGGUUGGCGUAAAGUGGUGUUUAAUUAUUUGUGGAAGGUUUACAAAGUAAUAAAAAGCUUGUGAUAAAUUCUGCAGUGUUGAAAUGUCUGAGCCCUUGGUAUUUUUGCCGAUGGAGCGAUGGGGUGAAUUAAAAAGUGUUUUUAAAUCUGACUGGCCGCGUGGUAUAUCUGCGUAUACAACAUUGGAUACUGCAGAACAUAUAGUAAAUAAUGGAGCUGAUUAUGGCUUUAAAGUGUAUGUUCCAUUCGGAGAUUUAACUAAUGGACUUGUUGCUCUGAAUCUAAAGGGCACAUUUUAUGAAGUUGUGGUGCUAUGUCCGAAAGAUGAUACAACAGAAUUAGAAGACGCACUAAUGCGAACUAAACUGAUAGAUUGGAACCGAUCAUUCCAUAUACCGUUUACACCCAAAAACGUGUCGGAUCUCAUGAAGCGAAUAAUUACUAAGAAGAAUCUAUCAAGCUUCUCUACGAUUUCGGUUACGGAUACAUUUUACUAUAAUAAACCGCCAAACUUUAUCGUCUCAUUACCUACCAGUUUUAAAUUCGAGUUGUUGAGAAUGGAAGACGCUCAAAUAGCCGACGAUACUUGGCCCCACAAACAUUCUGGAUCGGUUUGGUACUUCAAGCUCUUGAUAAAAGCCAAACUAGGCUAUGGCCUCUACAAAAACAAUGAAUUAAUAGCAUGGUGCUUCGUAAACGAAAUGGGGGCCCUAGGACAUCUCUAUGUCGUUGAGAAUCAUAGGAGGAAAGGUUAUGGAGAGUUAGUUUUGAAACUUAUAUCAAACACUUUAGCGAAGGAAGGGAAAUUUGUAUUAGCUUUUUGUGUAGUUGGAAAUGAAGGUGCGAAGAGAUUGUACCAGAAACUUGAGUUUAUUCAAGAUGAACCUGUUGAGUGGAUAACAGUGCCAGUGGUGCCGAAAUAGAUGUGUUGGCAUGUGACAUUAUAACCGAGCAUUGAAACAGGCAUCGAACGUUAUCAUAUUAAUGUUUGGGUGACGUCAGCAAACAUUUGUUUAUUUGAAAUAGAUACUCACUUUUGAUUGGUUAUUAUGAUGUUACUAAGAUGGCGGUCUGUCACCAUAUUAUCUGGCGGUCAUUAUAUUAUACCUACUGUAUCAUAAAAACAUGAUUCUACCAGAAGUAUUAAAUAUGAAUUAUUUAUUAUUUUAAUUUCUUCAGCUUUUUGUAUGAUAAUAUUUUGUAAGAAUUAUGUAUUUUCCGUGUGUAUUUUGAUUUAAAUUAUUAGAUACUAUUAUCUCAUAGUUCAUACACAAUGAUAUUAUAUCAGUUAGUAUGUUUAAGGAUCUAAAAGUAUUAAUAUAACAUGCCGUGUCACACCUUAAAUACACUGGCCUGCAAAAGUAAGUAUCACACUUUUCAAAUUAGUUUUUUUUCUUAACUAAAGAAGGUAGAGAUUUAAGAUUAAAAACGUUUUGUUGAAAAUUUUAUAGGCUUUAAUUCUUAGAAACUAAAAUUAUACAUUAGUUACAUUUUUAACUUAAAAAAGAUAAAACAAUGAAAAUAGACAUUUUUAGUUUAGUGUAAAAAAAUUCAACUAAAAUGUAUUACAUGUUAUUUAAUUUUUAAUAACUGGUAUUGCCUCCUCGAGCUCUGAUUUCAUACCGGCCUUAUAUUCGAGCCGGUUUGGCAUACUGAACAAUAGGUUUCGGAGCCGAUGUUGGGGAAUAUUCUCCCAUUCUUCUACCAGGGCCUGUUUUAGUGCCCUGAGGGUAGUAGGUGGUGGUCUGCGAUUUCUGACUAGCCUCCCAAGCUCAUCCCAGGCGUGUUCAAUCGGGUUGAGAUCAGGACUUCUUGACGGCCAAGCCAUCACGCUGAUACCGACCUCCUGAAUAUACUCUUGUACGAUAUAAGUCGUGUGUGGCCGGGCAUUAUCAUGCAUCAGCAUCGAUCCAUCACCCAUAUUUGCUAAAUACGGCCCUGCAUACGCAUUGAGAAUCUCUUGAGCAUAUCUUUGCCCAGUGAGGGUGCCAUUUUCUAUGGCUACUAGCUGUGUGCGACCUUCUGAAGAUAUGCCAGCCCAUACAUGUACACUGCCUCCACCGUAUUGGACUCUUUCUGAGAUGCAGGCUUGAAGGUAUCGCUCACCAGGUCGCCUGUAAACACUUCGCCUUCCAUCAGAAGUGUAAAGGGGGAAUCGAGACUCAUCUGCAAACAAAAUUCUUGGCCAUUCUUCUUCAUCCCACUGCAUGUGUUCACGGGCGUAUCGCAGUCUCGCUACUCGAUGCUGUCUCUCGAGUUUUGGGCCACUCGCUGGUCUUCGGGGUUUCAAAUUUGCUUCAGCAAGUCUUCUUCUCACUGUACUAUCACUAAUGUAGUCCCUCCGGGUCUGAAGUAGCUGUUGCUGGACUUCAACUCCAUUUUGGUGGCGAUUUCUUAACACAGUGGAAAUAAUAUAACGAUCUUCUCGGGCACUGGUACACCUGGGUCUGCCAUUACAAGGUCUCCUCAGAUGGCGUCCAGUCUCUUCGUACCUUCGCUUUACCUUCUGGACCGUUCGUACCGUCACACCCACCAUUCUUGCAGUGCGACGCAUACUGAUGCCUAGUUCCAGAAAAGCCAUGAUCCUAGCACAUUCUUCAACUGAAAGAGGUAUGAUAAAUAAAUGUAAUGUGCUUUUUAGCAUAAAUUUUUAAAACAAGACCCAUCGAUCUUGAAAAAAAAUUAAAGCAGAAAGAAAAAUGUGAUUGGUAAAAUUGUAAUUCGGAAACGUCCACUUUGAAAAAGGAAUGGUUUUGUUUUUGAAGUUUUUUUUCAGCCAAUUCUUAAAAGAAGGUUACCGACUAUAAAGUUUUUAUGUACAAAAUUAAAUUCUCUUUGGAGUCCUUUUUAUUUCGAAAGUAUAUCUUGUGAACUUAAAACGUUAUCCCAAUUUUAAAAGUGUGAUACUUACUUUUGAAGGCCAGUGUAG